GAGGACUUGGCAGUUCAACUGAUCGAGAAGAAGCAGGAGGUGCCACAUUCGAAUCUCCAAGACCAGCAGAAGAGCGGACACUUCGACUUGGAGUCGGAUGUAGCAUUCCUCGACGACCACUUGCAGCGAGUGGGUUCCUACUCGGAGGAUAUGGGCCUGGAGGACAUUCUGAGCAUCGCUGCUUUUCGAGCUCGG